UCGCUGGUAAUAUGCAGGAAUCCAGAUGGUUGAAGAUGGAUGAUGGCUUUCAGCGCAACCCACUUUCUGGACAGAGUAGCCAAUGACAUGACGCAGCUGAAGCAGAUGUCUGUGUAAACCAACCAAUAAGAGAGGAGCUACCCUGUCUCCCUGCCUGCCUUCUGAAUGGCCGUGUUUUGUGCGCACAUGUGACCAUUGAAGGCUUGAUUGUUAUUUAAACAUCAUCGACAGGGUGCUGAAGUGGACAGCUCCCCACGCAGAUACAUAGAGCCGAGCAGACGAACUAUGGUUGUGCUCCUCGUGUUUGGUCCCUUACAGCCCUCUGUUUUUGUGACACUGAAUGAAAACAACAGUGUCUCCCAGCUGCGCGUUAUUUCCGAGCACUGACGGAGGAAGGCAUCGUGCACUAAGGCGGAUGUCGGGGCACCUGUAGCUGAUUCUGGAACACAGUCUUCAGAAAAAUCGGAUUGUUUCACAUCAGUUCGGGUCGGUUCUGUUGGAGACUGGAUCUGCUGAUGUCUGAUCCCGUGACGAGGCAGCGCAAAUGUAACCCGAAGCCCUCUAGGUGACGGAAGCAUUAAUUUCUAAGCCGCUCUCUGUGCCUGCUCGUGCGCAGGAGGGAGCAUGGAAAGAGAUGAAUUUCCUCUGACUGGAGCGCUGUGUGGAUUUGUAGAGCAGGUGGUGUGCUCCCGUGGACACUGAACUGAGGAGAGGGACUAAAGCACUUUAACUAACCUCGCCUUUUCUUCCCAAGAUUCUUUGGUUUGUUGUUUCCCGUUUAUAAAGGAGGAGGUUGUGGUUUUUUUCCCAAUCAGUCAUGGGGAAAGAGGAAUGCAAAACAAUGCUAGAUGCUUUGAACAAAGUCACAGCCUGCUACAGGCACCUGGUCAUCGCUCUGGGAAGCACAUCGGAUUCCCAGAACCUGCGAGAGGAGCUGAAGAAGACCCGCAAAAAGGCCCAGGAGCUGGCCGUGGCCAACAGGACUAAACUGACCACCCUGCUCAAAGACAAGACCCUCAGCAAGGAGGACCGCGCCGAGUACGAGCGCCUGUGGGUACUGUUCUCCAGCAGCAUGGAGCUCCUAGAGGUAGACAUGAAGAGAUCAUUAGAGAUAGGGCAGGACUUCCCCCUCAAGGUGCCCACCAGGCACCUCAUCCAGACAGGCAUGACCGGCAGCACAAAUGCGGUGGCCGCCCGGGCCAUGAGCGUCCAGAACAUGAAAUACGAGGGAGACAGCAACAUCGACACGGCGGACCUCAGGGACCUGCAGACCGAGAUCACCCAGGUGAGCCAGAUGAUGGAGGAGAUGGAGAUGAAAGUGCAGGUGGCGCCGUGGGCCGUGGUAGCAAAACAAGAAGCGGGUGCCGAGCUCAAGUCCAACAUGAGCGUGGGGAACUCUUCCGUGGGUGUCAUCUCUAUCUGCGAAGAGGAGCCCAAAGACGAUGAAGGUGGAGGCGGCAGGGAGGGGGGCGCUGCGUCGAUUGGUGCCGUGGUGGUGUUCUUUGUCAUCGUAACAGUCGCUCUGGUUCUGGGAUAUUUAGUUGUCAAUAUGUAGUGGACUGUCUGACCAACAGCAGGCUGCCCUGAUGGACAUCUGCUCAGCUUUCCAUGGGAGGCAACCGUGUGAAAGAGCAAGAGCUCCACAAGACGGAGAUGGAGGUCUUGAAGUGGUGAAAAUUUGUUCUUACCCAAAGUUAUAAAUCUUUCUUGGAUUUGUGAAUGUAUUUGGUGGAGAUAAGGAGUUGCACUUGAUAAAACAUAAGCUACUAGAACAAUAUAGAUGGUGAAUGCAUGGGAGAGGAUGGCCAUGGGUCCUUCAUUUUUUUUGUGAGGGGCAAAAUGUCAUGUAUUUUUGGAGGAGAGGAGAAAAAAGUAAUAAAAUUACAUGACAGCGUCUAGCCAUCAGGAAGACAUAAACAACACGUAAUCCAAGUGGAUUAGUGGAAAAGCUCAAGCAUAAAUGCAGCCGAUGGUCAAGUCUCUCUGUUGAUGUCCAUCUGACUGAUGCUUUAAAGGCUCGAUUUCAAUCCAGAAAAGUCAGGUGUGUUAAUACAAGCAGGACAAACAUCUAGUCUGAAAAUUAGGUUUAUGCUAUAUGCCUUUGGAAACCAGAGCCAGAAGUUAAUCCCUACUCAUCACUUUGGUGCACAAAUCUGCACUGCUCCACCCUCCUGUCAGCACAGUUUAAUGCAUCAUAAUAAUCUCUACAACUGCACUGUAAUAGGUCUGCAUCUCAUUCAACUGCAUCAAAUUUCAGCAGCUUCAUGGGAAGGAGGACGAGAUGUGCACAGUCGUUUGUUAUUGCACCUUUGUACUGUAAAGCCUGUUCUUGUUUCUAUUCAGGGUUUUCUUGCAGAUUUGAAUGUAAAACAUUGCAACAUGUAAAUAGAAGAUUUGUAUAUACAGUCUAUACUGCAGUUUCAGGUCUUGUAAAUACAGUCUAGAAUAUUUAUUAUAAUAAAAUUUUGAAUCACA